AUGCUUGAAGAUGCUGUGACUUUUGUCUGCAGAGAAUCGCAGAAGCGGAGCAUCCUGUUUGCACUUGCCUUCGCCUUUUCACAAGGUGUGAUGUUCCUCGUGUACGGCUGUGCCUUUCGUCUGGGUGCCUUCCUAGUUACAAGGGGGGAAAUGGAAGCCACCAAUGUUUACAGGGUGUUCUUCACGAUGGCGUUCAGUGCGGUGUCUGUGGGCCAGUGGACUUCCAUGUUGCCAGACUACCUCAGGGCUAGGCUGUCGGCUGGCCUAGUCUUCAAUCUGCUCGAAGCGGAGACUGAAAUCGACGGUUACUCGGAUGGUGGCAUGAGGCCCGAAGUGAGCAGCCGGCUGUCCCUCAAGGGGGUCACCUUUGCCUACCCGAGCCGACCACAAGUCACAGUGCUCCAAGGGCUUGACCUAGAGCUAAGCCCCGGAGAGAUGGUGGCGCUGGUAGGGGCCAGUGGCUGUGGCAAGUCUACCGUGGUCGACAUUCUCCUGCGUUUCUACGAUCCCCAGUGUGGACAAGUGUACUUGGACGGAGUGGAUGUGCGUGCGAUAAACGUGGGACACCUGCGGCAGUGCAUCGUGGCCUGCGAGCCGCGGCUGUCCCUGAUGGACCGCACGCUCGGAGAGAAUGUGGUCUACGGCCUCGACCCUUCUUCCGGCGUGCCCAGCCAGGAAGAGCUGGAGGAGGCUGCCCGCAUGGCACGGCUGCACGAUUUCGUCAGCCAACUCCCCCUGGGCUACGAUACACCCUUGUGUAACUCGAGCAUGGCACAGCUGUCGGAAGGACAGAAGCAGCGGGUUGCGCUCGCACGGGCAUUUGUACGCAAGCCCGCCAUUCUUGUCUUGGAUGAGGCUACAUCAGCCCUGGAUGCUGAUGCUGAACAGCCUUGGAUGUUUUUGGGGACCCCUUGUGGACUGGUGGAACCGAUGACGGACCACCUGCAGUGA